AUGCUGGGCCUGUACCUGCAGCUGGUCAGCGGCCUGUGCGCCGCAGGCAUGGGCCUGGCCGCCAAGCUGGCCGGAGGGCAGGGCCUCCCUGUCAUGGAGAUCGUCCUGGCCAGCUCGCUGUGCGUGGGCGCCUGCCCGCCUCGUGCCCUGCGCUUGCCUGCCUGCGGCCAGCCGCUGCGCCAGCUGCAAGCCCAGGCGGGAGCGGCCAUGGAGGGCGGCUACGACAGCGGCAGCAGCAGCGAGGGGCCGGCGCUGUGGGUGGUGCGCGGCGUGCUCGGCUUUGUGUCUGUGGCGUGCAUCCAGGAGGCCGUCAGCCUGCUGGCCGUGUCGGAUGCUGUGGCGCUGGCCAUGCUGUCGCCCCUGGUGGUGGCUGCCGCCGGCACGCUGUUGCUGCGGGAGCGCCCGCCGCAGAUGCUGCUGGUGGCGCUCCCCAUGGCCACGUCGGGGGCGCUGCUGCUGGUCAGGCCCGCGUUCUUCCAAACCUUCAUGGGUGACGGCGCGGCACACGGCGCCGACUCUGGCGCCGACGGCGGCACGGCGGGACUGGCGCCCGCCGCGGCCGGCGUGGCGUUUGGCCUGGCCCACGUGCUUUCCUCUGCGGGCGCCAAGCUGAGCGUGCGCCAGCUGGCGGCCGGCUCCUCUUCCCACCAGGCCGCCAGUGCCAUCGUGCUGUCGGCGGGCCUGGUGUCGGCGCUGGGGUCGGCGGCGGCGUGCAUGCUGCAACAGGCGCGCCUCGUGUGGCCCCAGCACGCCGCCGGCUGGGCUCUGCUAGCGGGCAUGGGAGCUGCGAGCUUCGGCCACCAGGCGGCCAUGACAGCGGCCAUGCAGCGCACGCCGGCCACCAGGGCCGCCCCGCUGUCCUACCUCUCAGGGGUCUGGAGCCUGGCUGCUGACUUUUACCUGUUUGGCCACACCCCCAGGGCCAGCUCCAUCGUGGGUGGCGCCGCCAUCUGCCUGGGCGGCCUGCUGGUCACCUGCGAGCGGGCACAGGCGGCAGCCGGCUCCUCCAGCGCCUCGCGAGCCGCCGGCAGCCCGCGGGCAGCCGCCGCGCGGCAGGUGCCGCUGCUCGUGGACGCCAACACGGGCGGCGCGGUGCUGCUGCCGCUGGUCAAGCCCGCCGCCGAGCGCCAGCGCUCGGGCCCCAUCCCGCCCGGCCUGCUGCGGGACGCCAUUGCCAACGCAUGGCAGCAGAGCCGUGCGGGGCAGCAGCUGGGCGCGGGCCCGCUGCUGCCGGUGGUGAAGCCGGCCCCGCUGGCGACGAUGCACAUCAAGGAUGAAAAUCUGAUUGCGGCUAGGGGGACGGCAGUGCGAAUGGCCUGA